AUGAGAUGUUGGUUCAGAUCAGGUUUUGAGUUGCAGAGGACGCAGAAUAUCAUGCAGGAGUCCGCUAACAAGCAUCGACGUGAUUUAGAGUUUGAAGUGGGCGAUAAGGUGUUCCUGAAACUCAAACCGUAUAGACAGCAGACUGUGGUCAAACGUUUAUGCCCCAAGUUAGCCGCACGCUUCUUUGGCCCUUACACUGUGGUGGAACGAGUGGGAAAGGUGGCAUAUAAGUUGGAUUUGCCCCCCGGUUCUCAGAUUCAUCCAGUGUUCCAUGUUUCACAGCUUAAAAAGGCGAUAGGCAAUGAACAUGAGCUUGAACCAUUACCGGCGGCAGUCACGGAUCUGCGUACUGUGGACCUCGAACCGGAAGAAGUGUUGGCUAAAAGAUUUGAUCCUACGGGCCGUGUGGAGUUGUUGAUCAAAUGGAAGGGUCAACCGGAUCAUGAGAGCACUUGGGUUCACUCUGCAACGCUGUUUGAGCAGUUUCCGAAUGAUAAGCUUGAGGACAAGCUGGUUUUUAAAGGGGAGGGUAUUGAUAGAAUACAUCAGACGUAUUAUCACAAGAGAAAGAAGCUGCCACGUGUAUCGUUGACUGAGGAAGAAGAAGUCAACAGUCAAACUUCUAAUUGA